AUGAUAACUGCAUUUUCUUUUCAUUCAAACCAACAUUACAAACGAGCCUCAACGACCACGGAUGUAAUGAUGAAUAUCAGUAGCAAUGGAAUUGAAAAUUCAAAUUUUACAGAAGAAAGUCAUCACUAUCAUCCAUUAUAUCAAAAUCAUCAUGAAUUUGUAAGUAAAGACAUAAAAGAAGGAUUGGUCUUAAAUGAGACAUCAUCUCCUGAACAGUCACCUAACACCUUAACCAGUCAUGUUUAUCAUCAUUAUCUACCUCCUUAUCGUCAAGUUAAACGUCGACGUCGACUCACCGAAGAAGAAACAAAUGUAUUGAAUAACGUUUUUGAAAAUGUACAAAAACCUGAUGCAGCUACACGUGCUCAAUUGGCUCAACAAUUAAAUAUAUCCUCACGUGCAAUUCAAGUUUGGUUUCAAAAUCGUAGAGCAAAGGUUAAAAGAGACGCAUUGGAAUCAAAAAAUGCAUCAAAAAAUAAACCAAAGAAAUUAACAUUAGCUGUAGAUUAUUUCCCGGAAAAGAUGAAACCACCAAAGAAUAUUUCAAAUCCUAUUGGUAAUUCCCGUACAAAUUUACCCAGAAAAUCCAGAAUUACGCCAAUUUUGGCUAACCUUAGUACUUCACCUGAAGAACCAAAAUUAGAAAUUCCUGUUAACGUUAAUUAUUGGAACUAUCGAUCCACUUACGAUUCUUAUGCUAGUGGAAGUAGUCUUACAGAUGGGCAAACUACACCUUUGGCAUUACCAUAUUUUCCCAACAACUUUUUUCAUGAUAACAAUUGUGCCGAUUCUUUCCGUUAUAAUUUAUCUUCUCCUGUACAAGUUGAUGAUGGCGCAACGCAGAAAACCGAUUCUAAUCUUAAUAUUUUCGGGUCCCACGCAAAUCAAUAUGUGAUUUCAAGCUCAACGACCGCCAAAUCUGCGAUAAACGAUCUAUCCAUCUCUCAAAGCGUUCGAUAUUUGCCUUUAUCCGUCACAUCCAACUAUACGUCAACCGUAUGGCCAAUUCCCAAGGCGGCCGAAGAUGUUAUUUCAAUUACAAAGAUCAUCUAA